GCGGCUGUCAAGACUUCGGGACUCGGGAAUGGCGUGGCUUCUUCUGCCGCGGGGCCUCAGGUGGCCCUGGAGCGCGAACUCAGUUGAGUAAUGGGACUGAGAUGUCCCCUACAGUCUGUGGCCGUCCUCCUGUUGACCAGGGAGCUCCAUGCUUUGCAGGCCCAGCAUUUCUGGAGACAGGCUCCCAUUAUUUCCAGAAGUGUGGAUACCUCCUCUCCUUUCUACACUGUGCAGUACAGCUCCCAGUGGCUCAAUGAAAGAAGGCUGGACCCCCGACCUUGUGAUCUUCCUGCUGUCCCACCUGUGGGAUGGGCUUCCAGAUGAGCCAGGUGUGUAGGCGACAGAACCACCAGGAAAGAUACUGCAAUGAGCAUUUGCUGUGCCCCCCGCACAUGUUCUGGACAGGCUGGGGUCCUUGGGAACAGUGCACAGCCCAGUGUGGGGGUGGCAUUCCAGCUCACCGCAGGACCUGCGAGAAUGGACCCGACUGUAUGGGCUGUAAUGUGGCAACAACUCAGCUCAUUCUAUCACUGCCUGCUGACGGACACUGCAUUAAAGGGAUUCAGGGUGGUAUUUUUCAAGCAUCUCAGAGGACUUCCCACAACUUCCAGGAGAAGGCACCUGCUCCCCCAUACCCUCCCUCUGGAUGCCAGCCCUUUAUCCGAGGGGCUACCUUGUCUGGAGUAACAGCCUACAGACUACAGCACCCUGCAGUCCCAGGAGAACACACACCAGGCUCCACUGAGCUCUCCCAGCCUGCAGAGGGGCAGACAUACCUCUCUGUUCUGUGUCCAGAGGUCAUUGUUGGGUCUCACCCCGUGGAUCUCUCAGGAAAACACCACCACCAGCAGCCUCUGAAAACCAGCAUCUUCAUCCGUCUGUUACCAAACAGUGACAACAUCAGGGUGUCAAAUCGAGACAUGUAGGGAUGUAUCUGGAGCGUAAACUCCCGGGUGGUGACACUUCAACAUCAUUACAACUCACAUGUGAGCUUCUGAC